AUGUUAGAGAAAUUACUCGGAACUGUGUGUGGAAAGACUCGAGAGGAACCCAAGAUUGAGGAAAGGAAGAUUAGAGGGACAGUGCUGCUAAGGAAAAAGAAUGUUAUGGAGAUGACUGAUGUUGGUGCUUCGUUUCUUGAUCGAGUUCAUGAAAUUUUCGGAAAAGGAGUCUCAUUGCAGCUCAUCAGUGCUUCUCAUGCUGAUCCAGCAAAUGGAUCGAGAGGGAAACUGGGAAAAGAAGCAUACUUGGAGCAUUGGGUUUCAAAGAUCACUUCGCUGUCUGCCAAGGAUGAUGCUAUUUUCAAUAUUACAUUUGACUGGGACGAGACAAUGGGAGUCCCUGGUGCUUUCAUUAUCAGAAACCAUCACCAUAGCCAGUUUUACCUCAAGAAUGUUACUUUAGAAGGUGUUCCUGGACAUGUUCAGCUCCAAUUUGUCUGCAAUUCUUGGAUUUAUCCGGCACACCGUUAUAAAUACGACCGUGUCUUCUUCGCAUACAAGACAUACCUUCCAUGUAAUACACCGGAACCACUGCGCGCAUAUAGGGAAGAUGAACUCAGGAAUCUUCGCGGAGAUGGUUCUGGCAUGCUGAAGGAGUGGGACAGAGUUUAUGACUAUGCACUCUAUAAUGACUUGGGAAGUCCUGAAAAAGGACCAGAAUAUGCACGUCCUGUGCUUGGUAAUUCUAAGGAGUUCCCAUACCCUCGUAGAGGAAGAACAGGCCGUCAACCUAAUAAGAAAGAUCCAAACUUGGAAAGUCGGUUGCCACUACUGAGUUUGAAUAUUUAUGUUCCACGAGAUGAGCGGUUCAGUCACAUUAAGUUUUCAGAUUUCAUCGAUUAUUCUCUUAAAUCCCUGGUUCAGGUAUUGAUCCCAGAGAUCGGAGCUGCAUUUGACGAGACUAUCAAUGAGUUCGACAAGUUCGAAGACAUACAUAAGUUAUACGAAGGAGGGAUCAAGCUUCCAGAUGGUCAUGCCCUAAAAAAUACAAGGGAAUGCCUUCCAUGGGAGUCGUUCAAGAAUGUCCUUCAUUUAGAUGGUGAACGACCACUUCAAUUCCCAACACCUGAUAUAAUCAAAAAUGAUAAAACAGCAUGGAGAACAGAUGAAGAAUUCGGCCGAGAAAUGCUAGCCGGAGUGAACCCUGUUAUUAUUCGACGCCUCCAGGAAUUUCCACCUGCUAGCAAGCUAGAUCCCAAAGUAUAUGGCAAUCAAAAUAGUUCAAUGACAAGGGACCAGAUUGAGAAAAACAUGAACGGGUUAACUGUCGAAGAAGCAAUUGCAGAUAACAAGCUUUUCAUAUUGGAUUAUCAUGAUGUGCUGAUACCGCACCUUAGACGGAUUAACACAACGACCACAAAGACAUAUGCAAGUCGAACUGUCCUUUUGCUACAAGAUAAUGGGACAUUGAAGCCACUGGCAAUUGAACUGAGCAGAGAACAACCAGAUGAAAAUUUACAAGAUCCCAUCAGCCAAGUAUUUACUCCAUCCGAGCACGGAAUUGAAAACUCAAAAUGGCAGCUGGCUAAAGCUUAUGCUGCUGUAAAUGAUUCAGGUUAUCAUCAGCUUGUUAGCCACUGGUUGAACACCCAUGCAGUGAUAGAGCCAUUUGUGAUUGCAACAAACAGAAGAUUGAGCGUGCUUCACCCAAUAUACAAGCUACUGCAACCCCAUUACCGUGAUACAAUGAACAUAAAUGCCUUAGCUCGGCAGACACUCAUCAAUGCAGGCGGAAUACUUGAAAGAACAGUCUUUCCAGCAAGAUAUGCCAUGGAAAUGUCUGCCGUUAUUUAUAAGAACUGGAACUUUACAGAGCAGGCACUUCCCAAGGAUCUGAUCAAAAGAGGAGUGGCAGUUAUAGACCCGAGCCAGCGCCAUGGUCUAAGACUUCUCAUAGAGGACUAUCCCUUUGCUGUUGAUGGGCUUGAAAUUUGGUCGGCAAUUAAAGAUUGGGUGGAUGACUACUGCUCCAUCUAUUACGACAAAGAUGACAUGAUCCAAGGUGAUAAGGAACUUCAAUCAUGGUGGACGGAGCUUCGUGAAGAAGGGCAUGGAGACUUAAAAGACGAGCCGUGGUGGCAUAAAAUGCAGACAAAGGAUGAACUUGUUCAGACAUGCACAAUAAUCAUAUGGGUAGCUUCAGCUCUUCACGCAGCCGUCAAUUUCGGACAAUAUCCUUAUGCUGGCUACCUUCCUAAUCGCCCAACUGUAAGCCGCCGAUUCAUGCCCGAGCCGGACACUCCUGAGCAUGCUGAGCUUGAGACAGACCCGGAUUUGUCAUUCUUGAAAACAAUUACUGCCCAGUUCCAAACCCUCCUUGGCGUGUCUCUAAUAGAGAUACUCUCCCAGCAUUCAACAGAAGAGGUUUACCUUGGACAAAGAGAGACUAGUGAGUGGCCUUCGGAUAAAGAAAAAGAGGCAUUUGCCAGAUUUAGCACCAAACUGGUCAAAAUUGAAAACGAAAUAAUAGAGAGGAAUAAUGACCAGAGAUUAAGGAAUCGAGUCGGGCCUGUAAAUAUGCCUUAUACCUUGUUAUAUCCCAACACCUCAGAUUACAGUAAAAAAGGAGGACUUACUGGCAAGGGAAUUCCCAACAGUGUCUCAAUCUGA